GCGAGGGGGCGGGAGCUGGGCGGCGGGGCGGCGGCGAGGCGGCGCUGGAAGCGGCGGCACCGGCACCGGCGGCCGAGAUGCCCGACCUGUCGCAGAAACCCGACGUGGUGUUUGAAGAAGAUGAUCUGCCUUAUGAAGAAGAGAUCAUUCGCAACCCCUACUCUGUCAAAUGCUGGAUCCGUUACAUAGAGUACAAACAUUCUGCUCCCAAACAUGUGGUGAACAUGAUCUAUGAACGAGCACUCAAAGAACUUCCUGGCAGUUACAAGCUAUGGUACAAUUAUCUGAAGCAGCGACGGAAACAGGUGAAGGGGAAGUGCAUCACAGACCCUGGGUAUGAGGAGGUUAACAACUGUCAUGAGCGAGCCCUGGUUUUCAUGCACAAGAUGCCACGAAUUUGGUUAGACUACUGUCAGUUCCAGGUCGAUCAGUGUAAGAUAACGAGAACCCGCCGCACCUUUGACCGCGCCUUGCGGGCCCUCCCCGUCACACAGCACUAUCGCAUUUGGCCAAUGUACCUGAAGUUUGUGCGCCAGUUUCCAGUGUCCGAGACAGCGAUCCGGGUCUACAGGCGUUAUCUGAAGCUGUCCCCUGAAAAUGCAGAAGAAUACAUUGAUUAUCUUCACUCAAUCGACCGGCUGGAUGAGGCUGCUGUCCGGCUUGCUGCCAUUGUCAAUGAUGAAUCAUUUGUCUCAAAAGAAGGGAAAUCAAAUUAUCAACUGUGGCAUGAACUUUGCCAUCUCAUUUCCACAAACCCAGAUAAAGUGAAGUCCCUGAACGUUGGGGCUAUUAUCCGGGGAGGUCUCACUCGCUUUACUGACCAACUAGGGAAGCUCUGGUGUUCCUUAGCUGACUACUACAUUCGAAGUGGCCACUUUGAAAAGGCUAGAGACGUGUAUGAGGAGGCGAUUCAGACCGUGAUGACUGUCCGAGAUUUCACUCAGGUGUUUGACAGUUAUGCCCAAUUUGAAGAGAGCAUGAUUGCAGCUAAAAUGGAAACUACUGCAGAAAUGGGACAAACUGAGGAAGAUGAUAUUGACCUGGAGUUGCGACUGGCUAGGUUUGAGCAGCUGAUUACCAGGCGUCCCCUCCUUUUGAACAGUGUACUCCUUCGCCAGAAUCCUCAUAACGUACAUGAGUGGCAUAAGCGGGUUAAACUGUAUGAAGGAAAGCCACGAGAGAUCAUAAACACUUACACAGAAGCUGUGCAGACAGUUGAUCCAUUGAAAGCCACUGGAAAACCACAUUCAUUAUGGGUUUCAUUUGCAAAGUUUUAUGAAGAAAACGGACAAAUUCAGGAUGCCCGGACUAUAUUUGAAAAAGCCACAAAAGUAAAUUUCAAGCAUGUUGAUGAUUUGGCUGGUGUUUGGUGUGAAUAUGGGGAAAUGGAGCUAAGGCAUGAAAACUACGACGAGGCACUUCGAUUAUUGAGGAGAGCAACUGCAGUACCAGCAAAGAAGGCUGAGUACUUCGAUUCGACAGAACCCGUCCAGAACAGAAUCUACAAGUCGCUGAAAGUCUGGUCCAUGUUAGCAGAUCUGGAGGAGAGUCUUGGCACUUUCAAGUCCACGAAGGCAGUGUACGACAGGAUUAUAGAUCUCCGAAUUGCCACACCUCAAAUCAUCAUCAAUUAUGCAAUGUUCCUGACAGAGCACAACUACUUUGAAGAAAGUUUCAAGGCUUACGAGCGAGGGAUUGCCCUGUUUAAAUGGCCCAAUGUGUAUGAUAUUUGGAACACUUACCUAACCAAGUUCAUCGAUCGGUACGGAGGGAAGAAACUCGAGAGGGCGCGGGACCUGUUCGAGCAGGCUCUUGAUGGAUGUCCACCAAAGUUUGCUAAAACUCUGUACCUGCUGUAUGCCAAGCUGGAGGAGGAGUACGGGUUAGCUCGACAUGCCAUGGCUGUGUAUGAACGAGCAACCAAGGCAGUGGAGCCAUUGGAACAAUACGAGAUGUACAACAUCUACAUUAAGAGAGCAGCUGAAAUUUAUGGAGUUACCCACACACGGGGCAUCUACGAGAAGGCAAUUGAGGUGCUGCCAGACGAGCCCGCCCGAGAUAUGUGCCUGCGAUUCGCUGAUAUGGAAUGCAAGCUGGGGGAGAUCGAUCGGGCAAGAUCCAUUUACUCCUACUGCUCUCAGCUAUGUGAUCCAAGGAUAACACCAUCAUUCUGGCAAACCUGGAAGGAAUUUGAGAUCCGGCACGGUAACGAGGACACGAUUCGGGAGAUGUUGCGGAUUAAGCGUAGUGUGCAGGCCACGUACAACACCCAGGUCAAUUUCAUGUCCUCGCAGAUGUUGAAAGCCUCCACCAAUGCAACAGGCACAGUGUCUGAUUUGGCACCUGGACAAAGUGGAAUGGAUGAUAUGAAGUUACUGGAGCAGAAAGCACAACAGAUAGCCGAAGAAGUCGAGAGGGAAAGACCCAAACCUAAAGGCAAAAUUCUGUUUGUCAGGAGUGAUGCGUCUCGCGACGAGCUCGCAGAGCUUACUAAACAGGCGAAUCCGGAUGAGAUUGACAUUGAUGAUGGUGAUGAUGAUGAUGAUGAUGGUGAAGAACCAGAUGAGGUACCACUUGAGCAGAAAGUAGUCCCCACAGCAGUGUUCGGAGGUUUGAAGGAUGACUGAGCCACAGCUCCCAUGCAAAGUGCUGACUUACCGUCUGCCCUAGUCUUCAAUAGCUGCAAAGGGUGCAUAUUGACAGAAGCUGCCAUGUGUUAUUUAAGGUACCAAGUUGAACUGAUGCAAAGACUUACAACAUAUUCCAGGUUACCUUGACUUGUACCAAUGAAUUACCAGGCACCAAUUUUACUUCUGUUGCAGGAUUCUGUUUACAUCUGCAGCAGGAUUCUUAGUCAUUUAAAUAAAGCUAAAAUCUUCAAAAAUA